GGGGCACGAGGCUGUGGCGGGAUACUCUCCGCCGCAUCGUGUGUCCCCUUUUUGCUGAGGAACAAACUCCAGACUUCUUCAAAGUUACCCAGACGCUCACUUGAGCUCAACAAAACGCUUCGUCGUUCCUAAUCUAACUUUUUCUUGAAGAGGAGCCGGUCAAGGAGCAGAGCCCAAGGACAGACAAACGUGAAGACUCAAUAGCUUUUCUUUCAUUUCAAAACACAGACAGGAACAACAUGAUCACAGAGACAGUUCCUGCUGCUGUGGUCACGAAGAACGUCAGCGUCACAUGAUUGUACAGUUACCAAACACUUUGAUGUGUGCACGAGUGUAGCAGCACAGACAGGAUGAACUAAGAUCUGAUGCCGACCCAGCCCUCAGAGGAAAAUGACCCCAGGCAGAGCAGGAUUGUGGGGAGGGAGGGGAAAGCGCAUGUGUGGGUUCAUUCUCGCAUACCUUCUCCUGCCGUCACCCUGCUUGGGCUUCCUGCCCAACUUCUGGUCUCGAGUGCUGACGCUGUCCUGGGACUCGCACACGCACCAGUACAUCACAGAGCAGGCCAUUCUCAACGUCACCGUGGAAACGCUGAGGGACAGCAGCAAACGAGGCAAUCAGGCAGACGAUUUGACCGGACUGGGCCGUGGCUUCUGGAGAGCCGUGGCAGAGGUAGUGAGGUCCAACGCUGCCACCGACUUCCUGAGCUCCACCAGGUCGGACCCGUUGUACCACUUUGACUCUGAGCGGGUGGAGCAGGCCACGCUGCUGCUGCGGCGGUUCUGGGCUCAGACCCUGCUCUCAGUCCGGGCCAAGGAGUACCAAAGCGCUCGUCACAGCCUGGGCCGGCUGUUUCACUCGCUGCAGGACUUCUACAGCCACAGCAACUGGGUGGAGAUGGGCCAGCGCUCCAUUUACCUCCACCUGCUGCAACCAGAGGAGCCGGCCGUCCCUGUGGCUCAAGAUGACGCCCCAACGUGUAUGGAGUGUUUCAGUGCCACCUGUAGGAACAACCUGCUGCCAGGACUGACUCAGUCCCAGCUGCUCACCACCGGCUACUUCAGUGACCUUCCCCCUAAACCUCCCGGCAAAUGUAGUCAUGGGGGCAUUCUGGACAGUAGCCGCUAUACGGCAGCUAAAGGGGGAAUAAACAAAGACAGCACCUCGCCCCUGUUCUCCCCGCACCAUUACCUCCAUGAGGAAGCUGCUGUGUUGGCUACUGAGGCCACCAUGACUGUACUGAGAGACCUCAGGGACACUGUCGGCCACAGAAGCUUCCUCAGGCUGUUCAGUGUGAGGCAGGUCCCUGCGUUGGUGUUCGUCAUCGACACCACGGGAAGCAUGGGAAACGAGAUCGAUGCCGCUAAACUCAGGGCUGAAUCCAUCGUCCAGAGCCGAGCCAACAGCGCCGAGCAGCCUGGCAAGUUUGUUCUGGUGCCCUUUCACGACCCAGAUGUGGGACCGGUGUAUGAGACCGAUGACCCAGAGCAGUUCAAGGAGUCCAUGUUAACGCUGAUGGCUCUGGGAGGAGGGGACGAACCAGAGAUGUGCCUGUCUGCCAUUCACCUGGCUCUCGUUCACAGUCCGCCUCUGUCAGAGAUCUUUGUCUUCACCGAUGCCUCCCCUAAGGACGCUCAUCUGUUUGAUGCAGUGAAGGCACUGGCACUAGAGAAACAGAGCAAGGUGACAUUUCUCCUCACGGAGGACGCUCACUACAGGACAGGGAGCAGAGGGAGGAGGAAGAGGAGCGGCAGGGAAACGCUGCCCCCUGAUCGCUUCUCUCUCUACUCCUCCCUGUCCUCCCUGUCAGGAGGUCUGACCAUCUUCACCAGCGACUCCGACAUACACAGCGUCUCUGCUAUAGUGGUGGACAACAUAGCUGCUGAUAAGGUGACUCUCCUUCAUGAGACUACCCAGAGGUUCAUGUCUAACCAUUCCUUCAGUGUUGACAGCUCAGUCCAAACCAUCACUCUGCAUGUGACGGGCACCUUAAUAGAGAUUGUUCUUAUCAAUCCAUCAGAUGAAAGCCAGUCUCUGUUAAGCAGCCAAGGGCCCCUAGCAAAGCUGGAGCCCUUUAAAGGUCUGUACCGUAUCAGCCUGCUGCCUCCGAUCCAGCCAGGCCAGUGGAGGCUCAGAGCCAAGAGCAACGGACCCUUAACAUUCCAAGUCAUAGGUAACAGCAGCGUGGAUUUCCUGUAUUAUUUUGCCACUGUAAACAAUGGGACACACCCAGGUCUGGCCAGAGUGGAGGGAAAUCCAGUAGCAGGCGUCUCGACCUUCCUGGUUCUGGCUGUAACGGGGCUGCCCCCAGAUGAGACCGCAUCUUUCAGUCACGUGACCCUUGUGGGGGCUGAAGGGGAUGAAAUCAGACGCGUGUGGCUGAACGCCUCGUCGUCAUUCGGCUCCGUGGAGGAACUCGUGGGCUGGCUGGACUCUGUUCCCCGGGUUCCUUUCUGUAUUCGCCUCACAGGCAAAGACGGCAGCGGCAACAGGCUGGAGCGGGUUUCGACAGAGAUGGUGCAGCCCACCCACGUUCAGAUAGAGGUACUAUCCUCUCCCCGACUGGUACCUGGUGACAAGACACCGGUGGACUUUGACAUCCUGAACCACGGCCCAGCCCGAGCUCUCAGAUGGAGGGCUAGCGAUGACUGUGGCUUUGUCCAUACAAAAGAGCCACAAGAAGUCCAUGUUCCAGAACACGGGUCUUUCCGUGGCCACGUGGACCUCGUCGCUCCGGCUUCGGCUCAGGCCGGAGCGACUGUCACCCUCACCUUCACCGUGCACGCACUCGACUCUCCGGACUCCAAUUACGCCGUGGCCUACCUGACCGUGGUCCCACCAGACUCUGACGUGUCUCCGCCAUCCUGCUCUGCAGCGGGGGGGGCGUCCGUCUGUCCUUCUGCUUGCAACGAGUCGACCUGGACUCUGUCUGUGCUCGUGUCGGACAGCGGACGCUCUGGCCUUGCAGCGCUCCAGCUACAGAGGGGCGAAGGCACCCUGACGUUACUGCACCACCUCCCACGCGAAGAGCGCGUGGACCAACGACAGGCGCCCAGAGACAAGAAAACUCAGCAUCGCCACCAUUACCACCACUCCAUCCAGUUGGAGAAGGGACAGCCCCCCUUCAAUGUCUCCCUGUGGGUCGGUGACACAUCCCAGCCGCUGCGGGUGAGCUACACGUCCAGCUGCUGCUCUGCUCGGGCAGAGCUCCUGGUGUGGGAUGCAGCUGGAAACCUGAAGCGCUGCCACCUUAUGUCGCGUCAACAGAGGCCACCUGGAAACAGGAACACGGACGCUAAUGGAACUGGACAAAUUAGACCCACUGUCGUGUUUUUCUUGUUGUUGCCUGUUGCCGUUGCUUCUGUUUUACAUUAAUGUGUUUUGAGGGGCAAAGGAGCAGAAUUGCAUGGUUGAUGGUGCAUGGUUAAAAAUGUAGAUGUGUGUCCAGGCAGUAACGUUGCCCUUUUCUUUGUUGAGUGAAUGAUUUGUUCCUUUUGAGAUUGAAUGUUUGGAUCCAGUCCAGAGGUAACUUUGAACACUGACCGUCACUAGAAACUCAUUAACGGAUUUGGCGGUUGCUUCUGCGUGGGUUACAACACAGAGAAUUAGCAGCAAAUAAAAGAGAGGAGCUCUGCAAAAAGCCAGCUGAGACUUUGGAGGUUUUCAAGGUGGGACCAGACAGAACCUUUU